UCUUCAUUUGUGCUUAUGCUUCUUCUUCCUUAAACUCCAAAUUUACAACAUUUAUUCUCUUUAUUUUUGUCAUUUCUUUCUUUCUUCGAUCACUAUUCAUUAACAAACAUAUUAUUCAUUCUACAAAUUAUUUACUAUUUCAAUCAUGUCAAACUUGUCCGAGCAGAUCUGGUCGAGUCUUGAUAGUAUGAAUAAUUUGAAUAGUCUCUUAUCUUCACUCACCCCUUUUGUCGAAGUUAAAUUUUCAUCCAAGACUCAGAGCAAAGGAAGCAAAAGUGGUGAAUCUCUGGAGAAGCCAUACUUCGUUCUUGAAGACUUGUGGGAGUCUUUCAAAAGAUGGAGUGCCUAUGGAGUUGAGGUCCAAUUCAAUCUGACCUCCGAUGAACAAGUCUUACAAUACUUCGUUCCAUAUCUCUCUGCAAUUCAACUCUAUGCUGAGGAUGAAGAAUCGGACAAGAAGUCCAGUGAGAAAAGUGGUGAUUCUGUGUCUUCAAAGGAGACAACUAACAAGGUUGUGUAUGAAUAUUUUGAGAAUCAUUCGCCAUAUGUGCGCCUUCCUCUCACUAAAAAGGUUUCGAAUCUUGCUAAAGAUGAUCCUUGUAUAAAGAAUUUGAGGAGCUCUGAAAUAUCGCCCCGCAGCUGGUUUUCUGUUGCUUGGUAUCCGAUUUAUCGUAUCCCUAAUGGACCAACGCUAUCGGACAUAAAAGCUUCAUUUCUUACCUACCAUAAUCUGUCAACUGAGUUCAAAAGGAAAACUCAACCAGAGAUCAGUGACAAUGACAGAAAGUUGAAAACGCCUCUUCCGGUUUUUGGCCUAACAACUUAUAAGGUGAAAGGGUCAGUUUUGCCUUUUCCGGCGGCUUCUGAAUCGCGCCGCUUGAACUCGCUUUUGAAGGCUGCUGAUGAUUGGUUGAAGAAUCUGAAGGUUGUCCAUUGUGACCAUAACCAUUUUGUAAAGAAUGGUAAGCAGUGGGUAGAUUAGAAGAAAGUUUGUUCAUGUUCAAAGUUUUUGAAAUUAGGAAGGAGCUUGGUUCUUAUUAGGAAUCUCUGUAGUAGGAAGUUGAAGACUCAAUUUUUACUUUGUUUGGAGUUAAAUCAAUGACUGUCUCUAGUCAAUUUAUUGUGGUUCAUUAUUGUGAAAUUUAAGUUGAUUUGGAAAAAAUCUGUGAAAUGCAUGUUCUCUUUAA